ACCUGCUAUAAUAUUAAUCGAACAUUAAUGCCAUGACAAUAAACAAAUUACUUUAUAGGCAUAUAUGGUUCGAAUCAGUGAAAAAAACUUUCUCAAAGUAGUUCAUCACAUACUGAUAAUUUGCGUUGUCCUUAAUUAAUUGAAUGUAGUUAUUUAGUUGUGUUUUUUUUACGGCAGUAAUGAACGGUUUUAGUACUGGUGAAGAAGAUUCUCGUGGACCAAACGAUCAAAUUUGUUGCUUAGUGGACGAUGGUGAACGGUGUUUGAGACCAGCAGGAAACGCUUCGUACAGCAAACGAAUACAAAAAACAGUUACACAACGAAAAUUACGAUUGAAUAUCGAUCCACUUGCUCGUCAUAUUUACAUAUGUGAUUAUCAUAAAACUAUGAUACAAUGUGCUAGAACGAAACGACGUCGAAAAGAAUCAGAAGAUGAUAGUAAUGAAACUGAUACAGAUAUUCCAGAAGUUGAUCUAUUUCAAUUACAAGUUAGUACUUUAAGAAGAUAUAAACGCCAUUAUAAAAUGCCCACACGCCCUGGCAUUAAUAAAGCUCAACUAGUAGACAGCAUUUUCAAACAUUUCAAAACGAUUCCUGUUAAAGAAAAAGAAAUUUUAACAUUUUUUAUAUACACUGUAAAAUCGAAUAGUAAUAGAUUAGAACAAAAAAAUGGAAUUAAUUCAGAUGUUUAAGAAUUUUCAUUUGUAAAGCGAAAUAAAUCUAGCUAAUUAUUUAAAAGAUCAUACGUUUAUGCUAGUCUGGGGUUGGUAACUCGUUUUGGUUGGUAACCUAAAUUGUAUAAAUAUUAAGGUUACCGUUGAUAAUAAAGAAAUAAUUUAUUAUAUUUUGUGAAUUAUUUAAAAAUCGAAACGAUUACAACCCCAGUCUAGUAAGUACAAACAUUUUAAGGGAGCAAAAAAAUUUUUUUAAUAAUUCAUGGGUUUAUUUUUAUUUGUAAAAAAAAUAUGUUUUACUUUAAUUUUUAUCUAAUUCAUAAAUUAAUUUAUUCGAAGUAACUGUAAAGUAUACAGUUUUUGUUGUGCAACGGUUAAGUUAGUAUAAAGAAAUGAAAUACGCCAAGAAAAUAAUUUUAUAUGAACGAUUCAGAAUUAUAGUUUAAUUUUUUGAUAUGCAAUUGAGUCCUUCCGUAGACUGUUUUUUUGGGUAUAUUUCAAGACAGAUCAGAUUGAUGUCAUAUAAGACAGCAAUGUAUCGAAAUGUUAACAAAAAUUUUGGUAAAUUGGAUAUCUUUAAUAAAAAUUAAAAAUGGCAUCCUAAAUACACACGUUCAUUUAUGGAAUAUUUCACCAUUUUUAUUAACCAGAAUAUUUUGUCUUCCACAUGUCCACAAUACAUGUCAUUCUAGUACAAAAUAAUAAGAUAGAGACACAUUAAAAGAAAUAACAUCCUUAAUGGAUCACUCUAUAAUGAAUACAAAAUAAUUUUCUAUGUAGAAAAUUUAAACAUUGAACCGGAAGUCUCUGUAAAUUAUUUCUGAUAUACUGAGGAUAUUGCAGUAACACGGUUGACUGACCAAACAAAUGACAGCACUUCUGUACUAGUCGGUAUCCUGAAUUCAUACAAACGAACAUAUCCAAUAAAUUACAGCAAAUUUUUUUUCUAAAAUUUUACUCAUUAUAAUAAUUUUGAGAAAUUCUCAAAAUAAUAUAUUAACGAAGACAUUUUUUUAAUCAGGGACUUUUCUACUUAGAACGGUCGGAUAAGCAGACAACUGAAAAUGGUCUAAUUAGGUGAUUUUGUGUACACAUGUAAAAUGCUUUGUCCAGAAUGACUAACGGAUCAAUGCAUACAGAAUAAACCGCUGAUUGUAGAGACCUGAAACUUGGAGGGUGUGUUCUUUGUAUGACAUCCGAUAAGAAAAGAUUUUCCGAAAUUCUACCCCUAAGGGGGUGAAAAUGAAGGCCAAGUUUGUAUGGGACAAUAUGAUUCCUUGGUCCGAUUUACUUCAAAUUUUUUUUAUAGAAUUGUAUUGUAAGUAUCUACGCCCCUAUCUGUCUAACCAUAUCUCUCUCUUUCUCUCUUAUGCGACGCCGAAAGUUGCGCGAGUCAGCUAGUAGGGUAUAAAAAUGGCGUAAAAGUUGAAAAGUGAUACAAAUUAUUGAUUAUAUAUAUGAUUUAGAUAAAAAUUUAUUAUUAUUUGUUAAUUUUAUUUAAGUUGGACAAAUAAGAUUGGCUUGAAAUUAAAUUGUUUUUUAUUCCAUAUUUUUAAUUUUACAUUUAAUUAUUAAGACGACUUAUAUAAGGAAAAGAGUUUAAUAAUAAAAACUUUUUAUAUCAAAA